AUGGAAGGAGGGAACCAAACAGCUAUUUCAUUAUUUAUUCUUCUGGGACUUGCAGAAAAUACAGACUUGCAGCCACUCCUCUUCAGCCUGUUCCUCUUCAUGUACCUGGUCACCAUCCUGGGGAACCUGCUCAUCAUCCUGGCUAUCAUCUCCGACCCCCGCCUCCACACCCCCAUGUACUUCUUCCUGUCCCACCUGGCCUUCACUGACAUCUGUUUUACCUCCACCACAGUCCCCAAGAUGUUAGUGAACAUCAAGACACAGAGCAAAGCCAUCACGUAUGAAGGCUGCCUCACCCAAAUGUAUUUUUUCAUGAUUUUUGCUGGGCUAGAUGAUCUGCUACUGACAGUGAUGGCCUAUGACCGGUUUGUGGCCAUCUGUCACCCCCUACGCUACACAGUCAUCAUGAACCCUCACCUUUGUGGUCUCCUGCUUCUACUUUCUUGGUUAAUCUGCCUGAUGUAUUCUUCAUUGCAAAGCUUGAUGGUUUUGAGAGUGUCCUUCUGCGGAGAGACAGAAAUCCCCCACUUCUUUUGUGAACUUGCUCAGAUCCUCAAGCUUGCCUGCUCUGACACCCUCAUCAAUGACAUCCUGCAGCAUUUUGUAACUGGCCUGCUGGGUGUCAUUCCCUUGACUGGGAUCCUUUUUUCUUAUUCUAGAAUCAUCUCCUCCAUAAUGGGCAUUUCAUCAGCUGGGGGUAAGUAUAAAGCCUUUUCCACCUGUGGGUCUCAUCUCUUAGCUGUGUCCUUGUUCUAUGGUGUGGGCCUUGGGGUCUACCUCACUUCUGGAACAGCCCAUCCCUCCAGAAAAGGCUCAGCAGCCUCGGUGAUGUACACAGGGGUCACCCCCAUGCUGAACCCCUUCAUCUACAGUUUGAGGAACAGGGACAUGAAAGGGGCUCUGAGGAGACUUUUCAGCAGAUGA